AUGGCUCUGGGCCGGAACAAUGUGAUGGCCAUUGGCGUCAGAAGCAUUGAAAUUCACUCUAAACAGCCUCAAAGUCGAACUUCAGAAAUGUUGCAGCUCCUUCGACUCACCUUCAGCCUGUUGCCAUGGAUACCAGUCUUCCUGUGUAAGGUUGUCACAGAGGGGGAGUUUUCAGUCCUGGAGGGAGAAUCCCUCACAAUCCCCUGCCACUACGAGCCACAGUACACCAACCAUGUAAAAUACUGGUGUCAGGGAGCACUGAGGGAGUUCUGCACCUCUUUAGCUCGAACCGACGACCCCCAGGUGAUAAACCCGGUUGAGGAGAGAGUGAGCAUCUUUGAUGACCCAGCCCAGCAGGUGUUCACUGUGACCAUGAACAAGCUGAAGGAGGGGGACUCUGGGUGGUACAUGUGCGGGGUGGAGAUAGGCGGAGUGUGGAAAGCUGAUGACACCACAUUCACCAACAUUAAAGUCAUCCAUGGCUUGAAAGCUGUGAACAGCAGGGUGAGCGGAGUGGAGGGCAGCUCUGUCACAGUCCAAUGCCUCUACAGUGAGAGAUACAGAGAAAGUGAGAAGAAAUGGUGUCGGAGCGGAGACCCAAGAUCCUGCCUGUCGACCGGUUCCGUGGGAAGCUACGAGAACUCCUCAAUGGCCAUCAGAGAUGACAGAACUGGGGCUUUCACUGUAACCUUCAAGAAGCUUCAUAUGACAGAUACUGCCUGGUACUGGUGCUCUGCAGGGCCGCAGAUGAUAACUGUGCGCGUGCAUGUCACUCCACGACCCACUACCACUGUGCCGCUCAUUACAGCUCGACUCAUGACAAGUCAUUCUGCUGAACACCUGCCUCCAACCAAAGCCAUCACUACUGAGUCCUGGAGCAGCAACAGUCUACCUUUCAUCUUCAUUACUCCACCUAUCAUCUUCAUCACUUAA